AUGACAAAUACAAACAGACCCGCAGAAAACUGUUAUUUUAAGAGAAUUGGCGUAGAACUGAAUGCGUACAGAAGGCACCUACUUGACAGAGUAGAGAUACAGAAGAGCACUAAGGGGGUCUCAAAAAUAAUAAUAGAUGGUGUAAGCCCACAGACAAAGCCAUCAAGUAUAUAUGCAGCUGCAGCCAAGUUUGAUCUUUGCGAGUUAUUAAUAGAUUCAAAUGAGAAUCUGUCACGAUGUGCGCAGUGGCAGAUACAUUCUGUUCAACUGGACAUGACAGCAGAUCGUGGGUAUAAAAAAGGAUCUAUUUCAAGCGUAAUGCAUGCAGGAAUUUACUUUACAAUAGACAUGGCAGGAUACUCCUGCGCAUCAACCAGAAGAAUGUGGAUUUACAACGUAAGGAAUCUCCUAAGGCUUUGUUCUAAGAAAAGUAUUGUUGUUGUGUUUAAUGAAGAAAAGUAUACAGAAGAGGAAAUUCUAGAAAUAUUUUUACUAUUUAAGAUAAAAAAGCGAGUAGCAGUUAAGUUUUUAAGCACAAAUGUAGAAAAUAUGCUAAUUACAGCAGCCAUGAAGAAGUAUGCGUACAAAGGAGCAAUCAUACCCAUGGAAGAGAAUGAAUCGUCCUUUAAAAAACUGGUGUACAGGGCUACUAAGCCAUUAAAGAGCAUAAAAAAGUAAACUGUUCUCUUCUAUACAGUUAAAUAUUUCAGUUAUUACAUGUCUAAAAAUAUUCAAUUUUUAUAUUAUUCGGGUUAUAAAUUAAAUAUACUUUACUACUUAUUGUAAUGCACUUAAACACGGCACAUCUUAAUUAAGAGUGCAAAUAUUAUAGAAUACAUAAUAUUUGGGUUAUAU